UAGCAUAUAAAGCAAUUAGCAAGCACUCUUUAGCUAUAUUGUGGCCGUGACCCGCGCAUUGGCUUGCAAGUUCGGUCUGUUUUGUUCAAAAAAAAAAAAAAUUCAAAAAAAUUGCUGUUAAAUAAUAAGUAAAAUUAAAUAUUAAAGGGAUAUUUGGAAUACCAUAAUGCGACGCGUUGUGAUUUGGCUAUUGAUAGCCACAGGUUCCGCUCUGUUGGGGCAUAUUGGUGCUAAUACUAUUGGGGCCAAGCAAAUAAUGAACUCCGGCACGCAAAUCGUUGGCAGCAAUAAUGCAGUCUCUAAUCUGUUGAAUGUCAAUCCUCAGGCAGGUGUCGCAGUAAAUGCAUUGAAUUCAGUCACACAAACAGCGAGUGGUGUAGCUGGUGCAGGCAGAAAUAGCAUUGGCUCAGGCCAAAUUAUGAACACUGGCGCACUCAUUAAAGGCAGCGGUAACACCGUUAGUAGUUUACUAAAUGUAAAUCCACAGGUGAAUGCGGACGUCAACGCCCUGAACACUGUUAAGCAACAAGCUACUGGUGUAGCAGGAGGUGUGAGCUCGGCUGGGAAUAGUAUUGGAGGUAGACAAUUACAAUCCACCGGUGCUCGAAUUGUUGGUGAUGGCAACACUGUUUCGAGUCUCGCCAAUGUCAAUCCACAAGUGAACGCUGGCGUAAAUCUACUAAACACUGUUACUCAAACUGCAACUGGUGCAGCUGGCGGUGGCAAAGGCGGUGGUCUAUUAGGUGGACUCGGCGGUGCCGUCAAUAAUAUAGGCGGCAAGCAAGUCAUGGAUAAAGGCACUAGUAUACUAGGUAGCGGCAAUCAAGUAUUCAGUCUGCUAAAUGUAAACCCGCAAAUAAAUGCAGAUGUCAAUGCUUUGAAUGCGGUGAAACAAGAAGCUGUUGGUGGCGGAGCUGUUGUGCCUGUUCACCACACAGUGACCCAUGUUGUACACGGUCCGGGUAAUACCGCAAUAAGUGCCGGUCACAUCAAUCCACAAGUGAGCGCUUGCGUAAACUUCAUCAAUGCGAUCUCGCAUACCUCUCAUGCUGCUCCCGUUAGUGGAAAGAUUGUUAGUCACACAGUUGGGGCGUCUAAUAAUAUUGGCGGUCAGCAAGUUAGUAAUUCUGGCGCUACUAUAGUUGGUGAUAAAAAUAUGGUCUCCAGCUUAAUAAAUGUGGAUCCACAAAUCGGACUUGGUGUUAAUCUGUUGAAUCAAGUUUCACAAACAGUUUCCGGUGCAACGGGCGGCAGUGGUAGUAGUGGUGGCCUUUUGGGCGGUGUAGUUAGUAAUGUGGGAGGUGCUAAUAAUAUCGGUGGAAAACAAGUCAUGGCUUCAGGUGCUAGCAUUGUGGGAAGCGGCAAUAAGGUGUCAAGCCUGCUGAAUCUCAAUCCGCAAGUGAACGCCGAUGUGAAUGCUUUAAAUGUUGUCAAACAGGAAGCGAUUGGUGUGACUGGUGGAGUAGUCAAUCCUGGGAAGCCUGGUGUUGUAGGUCGACCUGUUGUUGUCGCUGGAGGGGGUGGAAAUAAUAUUGGUGGCACUCAACUUCAGUCCACAGGAGCUCGUAUUGUCGGCGACGGCAAUACUGUAUCGAGUUUUGCGAAUGUGAAUCCACAAGUGAACGCUGGAGUAAAUCUGCUAAAUACCGUUACACAAACAGUGUCAGGUGCUACAGGUGGAGGAGGUGCUGGUAAAAGUGGUGGACUAUUAGGAGGUGUACUUGGCGGAAUUGGUGGAGCAACCAACAGUAUCGGUGGCAAGCAAAUUAUGGACACGGGUACCGGCAUUAUGGGUAGUGGUAAUCAGGUGUCAAGCCUGCUGAAUCUCAAUCCACAAGUGAAUGCUGACGUGAAUGCCUUGAAUGUCGUCAAGCAGGAAGCGAUAGGUGUUACUGGUGGCGUAGUCAAACCUGGGAAGCCUGGCGUUGUAGGUCGACCUAUUGUUGCUGGAGGGGCUGGAAAUAAUAUUGGCGGUAGCCAACUUCAAUCCACAGGAGCUCGUAUUGUCGGCGAUGGAAAUACUGUCUCGAGUCUCGCAAAUGUGAAUCCACAAGUAAAUGCUGGAGUAAACCUGCUAAAUACAGUUACACAAACAGUUUCUGGCGCAGCAGGCGGUGGAGGUCUUGGUAAAAGUGGGGGAGUUUUGGGUGGAGUACUUGGUGGAAUUGGUGGAGCAGCCAACAGUAUCGGUGGAAAGCAAAUAAUGGACACCGGCACCAGCAUUGUGGGUAGUGGUAAUCAAGUCUCGAGCUUAUUGAACCUCAAUCCACAAGUUAAUGCCGACGUGAACGCAUUAAAUGUUGUUAAACAGGAAGCGCUUGGUGUGACUGGUGGCGUAGUCAAACCUGGGAAGCCUGGCGUUGUAGGUCGACCUGUUGUUGUUGGGGGAGGAGCUGGAAAUAAUAUAGGGGGCACUCAACUUCAAUCCACAGGAGCUCGCAUUGUUGGUGAUGGCAAUACUGUAUCGAGUCUUGCGAACGUGAAUCCACAAGUGAACGCUGGAGUAAAUCUGCUAAACACCGUCACGCAGACAGUUUCCGGAGCCACAGGUGGAGGAGGUGCUGGUAAAAGUGGUGGACUAUUAGGUGGUGUACUUGGUGGAAUCGGUGGGGCAGCCAACAAUAUCGGUGGAAAGCAAAUAAUGGAUACUGGCACCAGUAUUGUGGGUAGUGGUAAUCAAGUAUCCAGCUUAUUGAACCUCAAUCCACAAGUGAACGCCGACGUGAACGCAUUAAAUGUUGUUAAACAGGAAGCUAUAGGUGUAGCUGGUGGCGUAGUUAAACCUGGGAAGCCUGGUGUUGUAGGCCGACCUGCUGUUGUUGGUGGAGGAAUCGGAAAUAAUAUUGGGGGCACUCAACGUCAAUCCACAGGAGCUCGCAUUGUUGGUGAUGGCAACACUAUAUCGAGUCUCGCAAACGUGAAUCCACAAGUGAACGCUGGCGUAAAUCUACUUAAUACUGUAACUCAGACGAUUUCCGGACCCACAGGUGGAGGUGGUGCUGGUAAAAGUGGUGGAAUUUUAGGAGGUGUGCUUGGUGGGAUCGGUGGUGCAGCUAAUAAUAUUGGUGGCAAGCAAAUCAUGGACACUGGUACCAACAUAAUUGGGAGUGGAAAUACCGUUAGCAGUUUAUUGAAUGUUAAUCCUGAAGUAAAUGCGGAUGUAAAUGCUCUGAAUGCUGUCGAUCAGAAAGUGACAGGUAUAGGUGCAGUCGCUGGACCAGCGGGCGGAGAUGGUGUUGUUGCCGGAACAAGUGGUGCAAAGGCAGUUGGAUUAAGUCAUGCUAGUAAUAAUAUCGGAUUCAGUCAAGUUCAAUCCACAGGAGCUCGCAUUGUUGGUGAUGGCAACACUGUAUCGAGUCUCGCAAACGUGAAUCCACAAGUGAAUGCUGGCGUAAAUCUACUUAAUACCGUUACACAAACGGUUUCUGCAGCAACAGGUGUAGGUGGUGGUGGUAAAAGCGGUGGACUAUUAGGUGGUGUACUUGGUGGAAUUGGUGGAGCGACCAACAAUAUCGGUGGCAAGCAAAUCAUGGAUGCUGGCACCAGUAUAGUGGGUAGCGGUAAUCAAGUUUCGAGCUUAAUAAACCUCAAUCCACAAGUGAACGCCGAUGUAAAUACUUUAAAUGCCGUCAAGCAAGAAGCAAUUGGUGUGGCUGGUGGCGUAGUCAAACCUGGUAAGCCUGUUGUAGGUCGACCUGUUGUUGUUGGGGGAGGAGCUGGAAAUAAUAUUGGUGGAAGCCAACUUCAGUCCACAGGAGCUCGAAUUAUUGGCGACGGUAAUACUGUUUCCAGUCUCGCCAAUGUCAAUCCACAAGUGAACGCUGGUGUAAAUCUACUUAAUACCGUCACGCAGACAGUUUCCGGAGCCACAGCUGGAGGAAGUGCUGGUAAAAGCGGUGGACUAUUAGGUGAUCUCGGUGGUGGAACUAACAAUAUUGGCGGCAGACAAAGCAUGGAUUCGGGCGCACGCAUUGUCGGCGAUGGCAACACGGUUUCGAGUCUCGCAAAUGUGAAUCCACAAGUGAACGCCGAUGUGAACCUGUUAAAUUCAGUCACACAAACAGUAACCGGUGCAACUGGCAGCGGUGGCGGCUUAUUGGGUGGCUUACUCGGUGGCUUGGGUGGUGCAACCAACAAUAUCGGUGGCAAGCAAGUCAUGGAUACUGGCGCCAACAUAAUAGGCAGUGGAAAUACUGUUAGCAGUUUACUGAAUGUUAAUCCGCAAGUGAAUGCCGAUGUCAAUGCUUUAAAUGUGGUGAAUCAGGAAGCCAUUGGCGUACAGGGUGUCAGUGGUGGUGGUGCCAGUUUUGCCGGCGGUUUGCGACCUUCAGUAGUAGGAAGACCAGCACGGCCAGGAGGCGUUGGAGUUGCAAGCAAUAAUAUUGGUGGAAGUCAAAUACAAAGUAGCGGAACAGUGAUCCAGGGCUCAGCCAAUGAAAUAUUUACCUUGGCCGACGUAGCGCCACAACUUGAUCUCAACAUUGAUCUGCUAAAUGCAGUGACCCAAACUGGUACAGGAGGUGGAGGUGGCGGCGGAUUACUUGGCGGCUUACUGGGUGGUGGUGGUAAUAGUAUUGGCAGUAGACAACAAAUCAAUGAUGCUACAGUUAUACGUGGUGAUAACAAUACAGUUACCACCUUGGCCAAAGUAAAACCACAAGUGGGUAUAAAUUUGCAACUGCUCAACCAAGUCGACCAGCUUACCGGUUUAGUAGGUGACAUUUUGCAAGAUCCAACUAGUGCGACGAAUAUAUUACUACCAGGGCCGGAUGGUGAAAUGGAUUGUGGUGACAAUAAUAUCGGCAAUGUGCAGGAACGCAUAUCCGGCGCUGAUAUUGUUGGUGACAAUAAUGAGGUAUUCACCGGUGUCGAUUUGAGUCCACAAAUCAAUGCCGAUCUGAAUAUUUUAAAUAGUGUAAGGCAAAGGGUACAUUGUAAGCCGAAACCAACAUUGCCACCAACAUUGCCACCAACAUUGCCACCAACAUUGCCGCCAACUUUACCUCCAACUCUUCCCCCAACCUUACCUCCUACUCUACCGCCAACUUUGCCACCAACAUUGCCGCCAACUUUACCUCCAACUCUUCCCCCAACUUUACCUCCUACUCUACCGCCAACUUUGCCACCAACAUUGCCGCCAACUUUACCACCAACUCUUCCCCCAACUUUACCUCCUACUCUACCGCCAACUUUGCCUCCAACUCUACCACCAACUUUACCACCAACUUUACCACCGACUCUUCCACCAACUUUACCUCCUACUCUUCCACCAACUUUACCACCGACUCUUCCGCCAACUCUUCCACCAACUCUUCCACCAACUUUACCUCCAACUCUUCCACCAACUUUACCACCGACUCUUCCGCCAACUCUUCCACCAACUCUUCCACCAACUUUACCUCCAACUCUUCCACCAACACUUCCACCAACUCUACCACCGACUCUUCCGCCAACACUUCCACCAACUUUACCGCCUACUCUCCCACCAACUUUACCUCCCACGCUGCCACCAACCUUACCACCAACUCUACCCCCCACUCUACCUCCAACAUUACCACCUUACCCAUCAUUGCCACCAUAUCCUAUAUAUCCACCAUAUCCGUCAUAUCCCGAGUUUCCCGGAUAUCCGUCAUAUCCACCAGCCUCUUUGCCUUCCUAUGUACCAUAUGCACCAAAAGUACCAUAUGAGAAUCCACCACCGCCACCAACAAUACCGAUUGUGACACCACCAAAAACACCCACGACUAAUUGCUUUGAAAUAAGCGAUUAUGAUCUGGAUGGCACGAAAGGGAAAACGCGCACAGUCUGUGUGCCAAAGCCCGCAGAUUCUUCUUCACAGCAAAUAAUAGUUUUACCUCCGGCAGUACGACCACCAAAACCUAGCAGGCGUUGCUUUCUUCGUCGUUGCAACAAGUGGAGUACAUCACCCGGUGAGAAGAAGUGUUGUAGUGAAAGUGAUCAUCAUCAUGUUGAUCCAGUUGUUCCAGUACCGGCACCAAUUCCGCAUUUAUCACAUCCACAGCAGCCAUAUCAACCGCAGCCACCAGUGAGCUACGUGCAGUCGGAACAACCUAUGCAAAUACGAUUAGAUCACUUCUAUACGUCAAGUCGAAAAGUUAUUAAAGACACUAUGAGAUCCGUAGCCAGGUGGCUGCUAAUGGUCAUCGCAAUUUUGGUCUCGCAUGACAACAAUCUCAUUGAAGCAGAAGAUAGAGUAUUGUCAUUUGUAACACGACAUAAGUCAAUCGCCGCUCUUCUGGAUGUAAGAAACAAAAAUGUAAACAAAUUUUCAGGACUCGAAGUCGAAACAAGUAAGAGCAGCUCAAAUGACACACUGCUUCAUCCAAGUAAGUCACUACUUACUGUACCCAAAGAUGAUUUUGAUACGCCCCUGCCAAAUGUAGUAGGCCACCACAUAAAUGGUCGCCGCUCUAUCAGGGCUGCCACGGACAUACCAAACUAUACACAAAGAACAAAAAUAGCCCAUCAUAUAAGAAUGAGAGGAGGUCAAAUCUUCAUUCUUCCUGGCGAUGCGCCCACUGAUAUUACUAAAACAACGGAAUCAUCAACUUCGCCAAUAACAUCUGCAAUCUCAACAUCGACUGUGCCGAAAACUGCACCAUCAUCUAUAUCGCCAACUGAGGAAACUUUACCCCCAUCAACAGCAGCUCCUACUGCACCACCAACAGCACCUCCUACGGCACCACCAACAGCACCACCAACUGCAGCUCCGACUGCACCACCCACUGCAGCACCGACUGCACCUCCUACUGCACCACCCACUGCAGCUCCGACUGCACCAUCAACUGCAGCUCCUACUGCACCACCAACAGCACCUCCUACUGCACCACCAACAGCACCACCAACAGCACCACCAACAGCACCUCCUACGGCACCACCAAUAGCACCACCAACUGCACCUCCUACUGCACCACCCACUGCAGCACCGACUGCACCACCAACUGCACCACCAACAGUAGCUCCAACUGCACCACCAACUGCACCACCAACAGCAACGCCUACUGCACCACCAACAGCACCUCCUACGGCACCACCAACAGCACUGCCUAUUGCACCACCAACAGCACCGCCUACUGCACCUCCAACUGCAGCUCCUACUGCACCACCAACUGCAGCUCCUACUGCACCACCAACAGCACCUCCUACGGCACCACCAACUGCACCUCCUACUGCACCUCCCACUGCAGCACCGACUGCACCACCAACUGCACCACCAACUGCACCGCCUACUGCACCACCAACAGUAGCUUCAACUGCACCACCAACUGCAGCUCCCACUGCAGCACCGACUGCACCACCAACUGCACCGCCUACUGCACCACCAACAGUAGCUCCAACUGCACCACCAACAGCACCACCAACUGCACCUCCUACUGCACCACCAACUGCAGCUCCUACUGCACCACCAACAGCACCUCCUACGGCACCACCAACAGCACCACCAACUGCACCUCCUACUGCAGCACCAACAGCAGCUCCUACUGCACCACCAACAGCAACGCCUACUGCACCUCCAACUGCAGCUCCUACAGCACCACCAACUCCACCUCCUACUGCACCACCAACAGCACCACCAACUGCACCUCAUACUGCACCACCAACUGCAGCUCCUACUGCACCACCAACAGCACCUCCUACGGCACCACCAACAGCACCACCAACUGCACCUCCUACUGCAGCACCAACAGCAGCUCCUACUGCACCACCAACAGCAACGCCUACUGCACCUCCAACUGCAGCUCCUACAGCACCACCAACUCCACCUCCUACUGCACCACCAACUGCACCUCCUACUGCACCACCAACUGCAGCUCCGACUGCACCUCCUAUUGCACCACCAACUGCAGCACCAACUGCACCACCAACUGCACCACCAACUGCACCACCUACUGCACCACCAACUGCAGCUCCGACUGCACCACCAACUGCACCUCCUACUACACCAUCAACACCACCACCAACUGCAGCUCCUACUGCAUCUCCUACUGCUCCACCAACAGCACAGCCUACUGCACCACCAACAGCACCUCCUACGGCACCACAAACAGCACCACCAACUGCACCUCCUACUGCACCACCAACUGCAGCACCGACUGCACCACCAACUGCACCGCCUACUGCACCACCAACAGUAGCUCCAACUGCACCACCAACAGCACCACCAACAGCACCAGUAACUGCACCUCCUACUGCACCACCAACUGCAGCUCCGACUGCACCACCAACUGCAGCUCCUACUGCACCACCAACAGCACCUCCUACGGCACCACAAACAGCACCACCAACUGCACCACCAACUGCAGCACCGACUGCACCACCAACUGCACCACCAACUGCACCACCAACUGCACCGCCUACUGCACCACCAACAGCACCGCCUACUGCACCACCAACUGCACCACCAACAGCACCACCAACUGCACCUCCUACGGCACCGCCUACUGCACCACCAACUGCAGCUCCUACUGCACCUCCAACAGCACCUCCUACUGCACCACCUACUGCACCUCCAACUGCAGCUCCUACUGCACCACCUACUGCACCUCCAACUGCACCGCCUACUGCACCACCAACAGUAGCUUCAACUGCACCACCAACUGCAGCUCCCACUGCAGCACCGACUGCACCACCAACUGCACCGCCUACUGCACCACCAACAGUAGCUCCAACUGCACCUCCAACUGCAGCUCCUACUGCACCACCUACUGCACCACCAACUGCACCACCAACUGCACCUCUUACUGCAUCUCCUACUGCUCCUCCUACUGCACCACCUACUACACCACCAACAGCACUGCCUACAUCUCCAACAGCACCUCCUACUGCACCUCCAACUGCACCACCAACAGCACCUCCUACGGCACCACCAACAGCACCACCAACUGCACCUUCUACGGCACCACCAACAGCAACACCAACUGCCCCUCCUACUGCACCACCAACAGCACCUCCUACGGCACCACCAACAGCAUCUCCUACUGCACCACCAACGGCUCCACCAACAGCACCGCCUACUGCAUCUCCAAUAGUAGCUCCUACUGCACCACCAACAGCACUUCCUACUGCACCGCCAACAGCACCACCAACAGCGGCUCCGACUCCAACAGCUCCACCAACUGCAGCUCCUACUGCACCUCCAACUGCUCCACCAACAGCACCACCAACUGCAGCUCCUACUGCACCUCCUACUGCACCGCCAACAGCAUCACCAACAGCAGCUCCAACUCCAACAGCUCCAUCAACUGCAGCUCCUACUGCACCUCCAACUGCUCCACCAACAACACCACCAACUGCAGCUCCGACUGCACCACCAACUGCAGCUCCUACUGCACCACCAACAGCACCUCCUACGGCACCACAAACAGCACCACCAACUGCAGCUCCUACUGCACCUCCAACAGCACCUCCUACUGCACCACCUACGGCACCACCAACAGCACCUCCUACUGCACCACCAACAGCUCCACCAACAGCACCGCCUACUGCAUAUCCAACAGUAGCUCCUACUGCACCACCAACAGCAGCUCCGACUGCACCACCAACUGCAGCUCCUACUGCACCACCAACAGCACCACCAACAGCAGCUCCGACUCCAACAGCUCCACCAACAACACCACCAACUGCAGCUCCGACUGCACCACCAACAGCACCACCAACUGUACCGCCUACUGCACCACCAACUGCAGCACCGACUGCACCACCAACUGCACCACCAACUGUACCGCCUACUGCACCACCAACUGCAGCACCGACUGCACCACCAACAGCACCACCAACUGCAUCUCCAACUGCAGCUCCUACUGCACCUCCUACUGCACCGCCAACAGCAUCACCAACAGCAGCUCCAACUCCAACAGCUCCAUCAACUGCAGCUCCUACUGCACCUCCAACUGCUCCACCAACAACACCACCAACUGCAGCUCCGACUGCACCACCAACAGCACCACCAACUGUACCGCCUACUGCACCACCAACUGCAGCACCGACUGCACCACCAACUGCACCACCAACAGCACCUCCUACCGCGCCACCAACAGCACCUCCUACUGCACCACCAACAGCACCACCAACAGCAGCUCCGACUCCAACAGCUCCACCAACUGCAGCUCCUACUGCAGCUCCUACUGCAUCUCCAACUGCUCCACCAACAGCACCACCAACUGCAGCUCCUACUGCACCUCCUACUACACCGCCAACAGCACCACCAACAGCAGCUCCGACUCCAACAGCUCCACCAACUGCAGCUCCUACUGCACCUCCUACUGCUCCACCAACUGCAGCUCCUACUGCACCUCCAACAGCACCUCCUACUGCACCACCUACUGCACCACCUACUGCACCUCCAACUGCAGCUCCUACUGCACCACCUACUGCACCACCAACUGCACCUCUUACUGCACCUCCUACUGCUCCACCAACUGCAGCUCCUACUGCACCUCCAACAGCACCUCCUACUGCACCACCUACUGCACCACCUACUGCACCUCCAACUGCAGCUCCUACUGCACCACCUACUGCACCACCAACUGCACCUCCUACUGCACCGCCAACAGCAUCACCAACAGCAGCUCCAACUCCAACAGCUCCAUCAACUGCAGCUCCUACUGCACCUCCAACUGCUCCACCAACAACACCACCAACUGCAGCUCCGACUGCACCACCAACAGCACCACCAACUGUACCGCCUACUGCACCACCAACUGCAGCACCGACUGCACCACCAACUGCACCACCAACAGCACCUCCUACCGCGCCACCAACAGCACCUCCUACUGCACCACCAACAGCACCACCAACAGCAGCUCCGACUCCAACAGCUCCACCAACUGCAGCUCCUACUGCAGCUCCUACUGCAGCUCCUACUGCAUCUCCAACUGCUCCACCAACAGCACCACCAACUGCAGCUCCUACUGCACCUCCUACUACACCGCCAACAGCACCACCAACAGCAGCUCCGACUCCAACAGCUCCACCAACUGCAGCUCCUACUGCACCUCCUACUGCUCCACCAACUGCAGCUCCUACUGCACCUCCAACAGCACCUCCUACUGCACCACCUACUGCACCACCUACUGCACCUCCAACUGCAGCUCCUACUGCACCACCUACUGCACCACCAACUGCACCUCUUACUGCAUCUCCUACUGCACUACCAACAGCACCACCAACUGCAGCUCCUACUGCUCCUCCUACUGCUCCACCAACUGCAGCUACUACUGCACCUCCAAUAGCACCUCCUACUGCACCACCUACUGCACCACCUACUGCACCACCAACAGCACCGCCUACUGCAUCUCCAACAGUAGCUCCUACUGCACCACCAACAGCAGCCCCGACUGCACCACCAACUGCAUCUCCUACUGCACCACCCACUUCUUCGCCAACUGUGUUGCCAUGUCCGUCGCACCCACCUUACGUAAGGUACCCGCCAUCCCAAUAUGCACCUUCGCGCUACUCAAAUGUGUAUGCUCGACCUAAAGUUCCUCUUCGUUAUCCUUCGGCGUCUUAUUACCAGAAUGUAGCAGCACCUAAUAAUUGUGUACGAAUAAGUGAUAAUAGGUCAGCUGGAUUUGGAGGAGGCACUCGUAUAGUCUGCUUUCCAAGGCAAGCGGCUCCACCGAGGAUUGCAAUAUCACGAAUAGCCGUUGCACCACAGCAAGCGAACCAACGAUGCUGUGGUCGUCGUUGCAAUAGAGGAGAAACUCCCGAACGUAAUGGAUGCUGCACUGAAAGUACUUUGUAUGCCAGGAAGCCAGUAUAUUACCCCGCAAAAAAUCGUAAACUUUUAGCACGUACACCGGUACGACGUCCAGUAAACUACGGAUAACCUGAAGUCUUUAUUUUGGGUUUUUUAAUCUAUAUAUAUAAAAAUGAAACCCGUUUUCCGUUGUCACGACGUAGCAAGAAAACGGCUUGACCGAUUUGGCUGAUUCUUUUUUGUGUAUAUUCCAGAGGGUUUGAGGAUGGUUCUUACGGAGAGAAAAUUAAUAAAAAAAAUUGCCUGAAAAUGUCUAAAAUUCACACUUUUCUAAUCUCCCAUACAAACAAUUUGUAAUAGGUAUUCAUUUUUAUAUGGAGGAUAUUAUAGAUUCCAGUUCUAAUCGAAUAGGUACGCAUACCUAAGAUAGGUCAGCUAUACAAAAUAAAGUAGUGUAUCAAAUUUACGCUAAGGCGGUACGAAGUUCGCCGGGUCUGCUAGUUGUAUAUAAAAU